UUCCACUUCAACACUCUCUUACCUUCAGUCCAACCAACACCAACCCUCGAGCUCAACGCCCUCUCCUUCCCUCCAAGAUGGAUUCCAGCAAGCAGCCCGUUAAGCUCGUCAAGGUGACCCGUGUCCUCGGCCGCACCGGAUCCCGUGGUGGUGUCACCCAGGUCCGCGUCGAGUUCAUGGACGACACCUCGCGCUCCAUCAUUCGCAACGUCAAGGGCCCAGUCCGCGUUGACGACAUCCUCUGCUUGCUCGAGUCUGAGCGCGAGGCCCGCCGUCUCCGUUAAAAAUUCACCAAAACGAAAUUUCGCUCGCGUCGUCUAUUUUGUCUCUCUUCUUCUCUCGCAUAUCCCUUACGACCGAUUUUUCAUGAUCACUCUUCGGCCAAAAUCGAGUCCCCCGCUUUUCUUUCUUACCGUAUCUUCAACCUCCUAUCUUCCUCAGCCCU